AUGAGAGUUAUGCGCCCUCGACUAGGCCAGGAUAGAGAGGAGGAGUGUGAUUGGAAAUCAGAAGAUAUUGCUGCAUACGUUCGGUACUCGGUUGAACGUCACGUCGGUCACAGAAGUUAUCGAUCGAAGGGAGGUGUCUGCGACGACCGUACCGGAUCAUUGCGAAUCGCCGUUUUGAAACAUGAGCGUUUUUCGAGGAUCGCAGCCUGUUUCUGGACAGGAAAAGAAACAGCUUCGAAGGAUUUCCGUGGUCUCGAUGGAAACCUUGUGAUUACUCGACGCCGGGUACCCCACAUGCUGUUUUCUUUGGCUCGUUGCGUGUUGUUAGUUGGCUGUGCACAGUUUAUCUGUGGCUUGCCGGAAGCAACGCAUUCGCCACCUGCAUUGGAUGAUCUAGAUGGAAACGGAUUCGGUGGUCUAAAGAGGGUACUGAGUCGCCGAAAACGCGCCUUAGACAGUUUGGAAGGAGGCGGAUUCGGUUUUGAUAAGAAGAAAAGAGCUCUGGAUGAGUUGGACGGUUCCGGUUUUGGAUUCGAUAAGAGGGCACUGAACGCUCUCGAAGGGACAGGCUUCGGAUUCGACAAACGGGCGCUGAACUCAUUAGAAGGAGAAGGUUUCGGCUUUGAUAAGCGAGCGUUGAAUUCACUGGACGGAAGCGGUUUCGGUUUCGAUAAGAGAGCCUUAAACUCACUGGAAGGGGAAGGAUUCGGAUUUGACAAGAGAGCUCUGAAUUCGCUCGAAGGCGAAGGUUUCGGCUUUGACAAGCGUGCGUUGAACUCUCUUGAAGGGGAGGGAUUCGGUUUCGACAAAAGAGCGUUAAACUCAAUAGAAGGCGAUGGAUUCGGUUUCGACAAACGAUACUACUCGCACAUUAUUAAUCCACAUCCACUCUUCAGAAUCUCAAAAAACAAGGUUUUGAUGGAAGGACGGCAGAAACACGUCUAA